UUCACAUUACCUGGAUCUUUGCUGGCCAUGGUCCUCAUCUGUGCCUACAUCAGUCGGUCGCAAGUACUUCCCCAUGAGCCGGAAACAACGAGCGAAGAACAGUCGACCACCAUAAACACUGCUCUCCUCAAACUCGAGGACCUUGGACACUCAACAUUGCCUAUAUUUACCUGCAUUGCGUGCACUUUCAUCUUCUGCAUACUGUUGGUGCCCGUGGUACUGCUUGGGCUGGAAGCCAGGGUCGCCCUUCUAGGAAUGCUGCCUUCAGUGGCGCUGCUGGUCACAUCACUGAGGUGCCACAACGAGGGCCGACUCUCCGGCUCACACAAAACCUGGAGCGAAAUUCCAUGGGGAAUCGUCUUUCUCUUCGGCUCGGUACAAGUUGCUUCGAAGCUCGUCCAGACGUGCGAUCUUCUGGGGGAAAUCUUCAACCAUUUCGACAGGACGUUCUGGGUGCGGACAUCCCCGCUCGGGGUGCAGAUGAUACUCGCCACCAUGGCGUCCCUUCUGGCGGAGAUAACCGACAAGAGAAAACUCGUUCAAGGGAUGAUGCCCAUCGUCUCCAACAUUGCGACGUUUAAGAACAUGUACCCAACGUACUAUGCAAUUCCUGUCAUCGUUGGAGCCUUCAGCAAUCUCAUCAUGCCUGCGUCUGUGCCGCUAGUCAUCUUGCAUGAGGUGGCCAGAGUGUCCUUCCUGAAGCUGUUCAUCCUGGGCCUCAUGCUGAAAUUGCUCAUUAUCACGAUGGUCUUGAUCACCGUCAACUCGGCAGGAAAAAUGAUCUACGGCUUUGGCCAAGCAGCCAUCUAA